AUGGUGAUGAAGAUUGAUGUGAAGACAAUCCCGACCUUAAGUGUUUUGAAGAUUGAUCUCCGAUAUUCUCUUUACCGAAGAAAUGUACUUUUGGUUCUUUAUCUGAUCAAAUCUUUAUAUAGAUCAUGUCAGUUAGGCAUCCUAAGUAUGACUGUUUGUCCACCAUACUUAAGCAUGACCUUGUCUAAAGUUCAAUCAUUCAUACAAAUCCCCGAUUCUUCAAUUCGAUUUCGAACUUUACCCAAAUCAUCAUCUAGGCAAAACCCUAACACUUCAUCCCCAGAACGCCCUGUAGAAAAACCCGGAUUUAAAUCCCAAACUGAAUCAGAUGAUGAUGAUGAUGAUGAUGAGAACUUAGAUGAAGUCGCACCUUCUUCACCUUCCGGUUCCAUUUCAUCCAAGCCAUUCACAGAGAAGCUUAAGUUAGAUGAACUUGGAACGGAGAUCAUGUCGAUCACAUUGCUAGCUGCAUUAGCUCUUCCUGCUGAUCCAAUUACUUCACUGGUUGAUACUGUAUUUGUUGGUCAUUUAGGCUUUGCUGAAUUGGCUGUUGUUGGCGUUUCCAUAUCAAUAUUCAAUCUGGUAGCAAAAUUGUUCAAUAUUCCUCUACUCAAUAUCACAACCACAUUUGUUGCUGAAGAACAAGCAGUAUUAGUCAAGGAUGAUGAUGACUCCACUUUUCUCAGCCAUGAUAACAUGAGUGGAAGCAAGAAGAAGUUUCUUCCAUCUGUUUCAACUUCUUUAGCCUUAGCUGCUGCUUUUGGGAUUGGGGAAACCAUAGCACUUUUCUUUGGAUCUGGAUCACUAUUGAACCAUUGUUGUUGUAACAGAGCUCAAGAAGAAGGGUAG